CUCCUCCUCGCGGGAUUUCGGUGCCAAACCAUUGUGCCUAUCGAGUGCUCGAGAUCUGACGCGACUUCUGUGGUCUGGCGACCUACCUCAGCCUCGUGUUCGGGCGCCUCCUUCCUUGUACAACAGCCUGUACCUUCCCUCUUCACUUGCUGCCAGCUGCACGUGAAAAACCCAACAGUCCACUGCAAAGAUGGAUAACAUCAGGCCCAAGUCCGGAUUUCUUCCGGGUAUCUUUGGCCAUCGGAAAGGAAAAUCAAGGACUGGAGCGACAGCCUCUGGGGAAGACGAGAAAAUGAAGGGCCCGCAACCGAGCUCCUUUUUCAUGAGGAUCCCAAACAAGCCUCGAAACCAUUUCAUUGCCAUGGCCGGCGAAUUUGUUGGCACUUUUCUCUUUCUCUUCUUCGCUUUUGCCGGCACGCAGGUGGCCAACACUCCACAAACAGUCACUGGCAAUACGAGCACAGACCUCCCUCAAGGACCAAACCCUGUUCAACUCCUCUACAUCAGCUUGUGCUUCGGGUUUUCCCUUGCGGUCAAUGCUUGGAUUUUCUUCAGAAUUUCCGGUGGUCUCUUCAAUCCUGCCGUCACCCUCGGUCUCUGCCUUAUUGGCGCAGUACCUUUUAUUCGAGGUGCCCUUGUCUUCAUUGCACAGAUGCUGGGAGCGAUAGCGUCCGCUGGCGUGGUAAAAGCACUUUUCCCGGGACCGCUGGCUGUAACAACUUCUCUUAGUGGGGGAACAAACAAGGCGCAAGGACUCUUCAUUGAGAUGUUCCUCACCGCCCAACUGGUUUUCACCAUCUUCAUGCUAGCUGCUGAAAAACAUAAAGGAACAUUCCUCGCCCCAGUGGGAAUCGGCUUGUCUCUUUUCAUUGCUGAGUUGGCUGGCGUGUACUACACCGGCGGAUCUCUGAACCCUGCUCGAAGCUUCGGCCCUUGCGUCGCCAACCACUCGUUCCCAAGUGAACAUUGGAUCUAUUGGGUGGGCCCUCUGCUCGGUUCGCUCCUUGCGGCCGGGUUCUUUUGGUUCAUCAAGAGUUGCGAAUACCAAACUGCAAAUCCUGGGCAAGACUUCGACGACCUCGAGGCUUCUGCUUACAACCCAGAAGAAGACCUGACCCGUCCUGUCGUCAGUCCAACCGCUGUCAUCCCUGACCGCGCUUUGUCCCGCACGUCAAGGACUUCCAAGGAAGAGAGAUCCAGUUCUCUACAAGCAGUCCGGGUAGGCUCUGGAACAACAAACACUACUCUAGGCAAUAAUACAAAUGCCACAAAUGGCAAUGCCACAGUUCACGACAGGACUACUAUUCCGAACCAAUCUGCCAUCUGAUUGUUUCACGGGAGAGACUCGCUUGUUUCAUUCGCUCAUCUCUCUGCAAGUCUUGGAGGACUUCGAUUUUUGGUCUGCACGAAAGAUUGUCUGGGACGAGAUACCCGGGUCUUUGUUGUGGUCAUCGCGUUCAAGCGGCUUGGUUCAAAAGUUGUGGCUGAUGUUAUCCUGGCUUUCCUUGCCGCGGAUCUCGAGGAGUACUCUGUACACUAUCUGCUUUUGAAUGACUGAAUCCAAGAGUAUGUAACAAGCAAUAUCUCACGAGGAUGGAACGGUGCGGGUUCGGAAGGGUAAUGAUUUGCCAGAUACACG